AUGAAAAUUAAUGUCCGAUUAACUUAUUCUUCAAACACAAUUGAAAUUAUAUUUGAUGACAAUGAGUUUAAUGGUAUGACAGUCACUGGUAUUAAAGAAAAAAUUCGCAACCAACAACCAGAUGUUGGAGAAUUUAGAUUAAUUUUUGCUGGUCGAGUAUUAAAAGAUGAUGAAGUAUUAAGUACUCUUGGUGUUAGUAACAAUGUUACAUUACACCUUGUUCGUUCACGUAGUCCUACUUCUGCCCCUUCACAACCAACUCCAAGUUCACAACCAACUCAACCAACCCCUCAACCCAAUGAACAAAAUACUUUUCAACAACCACAAAUGGGUAAUAUGCCUUUGCCUAAUUUUGGUGGAAUGGGAGGUUUUAAUGGAAUGGGAGGAAUGGAUAUGCAACAAGCUAUGAACAUGUUACAACAAAAUCCACAAAUGAUCGAACAAACUAUCAACUUUUUAACACAAAACCCACAAGCAAUGAGGGCUAUGUUAAUGAUGAAUCCACAAACUGCCCAAAUGAUGAAUAACCCACAAUUUAGUAUGAUGUUUGAUCAAAUGAUUAGUAACCCAGAAUUGUUACGAAUGAUGAUUAGUAAUAAUCCAAUGAUGGGAAUGGCUGGUAUGCAACAACCCCAAAAUGUUCAACAACAGAAUACCCAACCUCAAAAUGUUCAACAACCAAAUACCCAACCUCAAAAUGUUCAACAACAAAAUCCAUUUAAUUUGUUAUUCGGACAACCCCUUCAAAAUAAUGUCCCAAGUCAAUCACAAAACGUACAACCAACCCAAAGAAAUCUUCAUGAAAUUUAUGCCAAUCAAAUUAAUCAAUUAAAAGAAAUGGGAUUUUUUGAUGAAGAAGAAAAUCUUAGAGUUCUCCAAAGAGUUGGAGGAAAUGUGAAUGCUGCUGUUGAAUUAUUAUUGCAAGGGCCAGUUUACUAA